GCGGCUUGAUUCCUUGCAGCCUUGAAUUUUUUGGAAUUCUAUCUUCCUUUGGAUUUAUAAUUGUUUCUGUUGCUGGUUUCUGUAUCAAAAUUAUUCUUUCGUUCAGUAGUCUUUCGUAAAUCAGUAAGCCGUAUCGUCUUCUCUUGUAACUAUUGUUUUGGACAGUUUGGCCGUGAUUGGGCUGCCGUGUCUGACAUUUUAAUUUUUAACCAGGUGCUGAAGUACCAGUGGCAGUUACAAUACCUGUUACUGCUCGCAAAUAUAAAUAUUUUUGAGGUAAAAUUUUCGAAAACUGGUGCUAGAAAUUAGACAUGACUUCGAAACGCGGUCGUGCAGCUUUGGAGUCCUCUUCGGAAGAGUCUGACUCGUCGUCCGAAUCCGAAACAUCAUGCAACGGAGAGUUGUCAUCCUCUUCCAGUUCAGCUAACAAUGGCUCGAAUUCAGCAUCAUCUACCCCGUGCUCUAACAGGUCGUCUAAUUCGGGUAGCCCUUCAUCUCCCAAGCACCCACAGGCUUCGUCUUCGAAAACUGGAACUGCGAAUAUUGCAGUGCGUCUGCGUGAUGUUAUACUGGGCGAAAUGGCUUAUGGAAUGUUUCGCGAUGGUGAAAUGAGCGAAUGGCGGAAAUGCCAAAUAGUCAGUGGCUCCAAUCCGCGCUGCAUCGGACGCUCAGCUUCUUACUUGGUGCAAUUUUCUGGCCCGUCAAAGCUGCGUAGAUGGAUUUCGAAUACACUGCUGUUACCUUACACAAAAGCAACUCAAGAUCGUGUGGAAAAGUACAAUGCGUUGCAACGAACAAAAAGACUUGGUGCUGUUGGUGGGAUUGUUGAUGAUGAAGAGAGCAAUUCUGAAUGGACUUCGAGCUCCGGUGAGUCGGACGAGGAGGUAUUACCGGCUCGUCAGCCUGCCGUAUCCAAGACGAAUGCUCGCAAGAACGUAGACGGGAAGCUGCCUCCGAUUCGAAUUCCGAAGCCGGUGGAAGCCAGGGCUACCAGGCAGAAAGGCGCUCAAAAUGCAGAUACGGUACACUCUGAUACGAACAAGCCCCAGAAGUCUGCACGCUCUUCUGUGACUGCGAAUAAGCGCCAAAAAGAAAAUGUCCCUGUUAAAAAUUCAGUUUGCAAGGAUUCGCAAGCCAAAGAGCGGCGGUUUUUGUUUGUGCCGGUACCGGAUGGCAGCUCACCGGGGGUUGAUCAAAUUUUGGUGAAAGACUUCAGUGCUCGCGAUGUGCAGCUGUCUGUCAUGCAUGAAAAUGCCGUCAAGACUAUUGUUUUUGUCGCUGGGCUACGAAAGAUUAGUGUUCCCACAUAUGGUCUGGACAACGACGGUAAUGUUACUCUCCGAACUUGCCGCGUAUCCUUUCCGUAUGCUGCAGCGCAAGUGUCGGAGGGCGUGUCGGGCACCUACUUAAUUGUCAGUGUCUGCAAGAAGCCUUCCAUUCUCCCGGCUGCAGAGUACCAUCCAAAAUGCUUUCGCGCGUUCCUGAACGACAAGAUGUUGCAUGUGAUGAUUCCAGACGGCAAAUCGCCGUAUCCCCACGUUCCAUUAGAAGUCCCUCUCUCCGCACUAAAAACGGAAAACACGUUGAUAAUUUCAUGGACAGAAAGCAAUGUGGAAGAUGUUGCAAUGGAUUACUGCCUGCAUGUUUAUCUGGCAAAGCGGAAAGCUGUUUCUACCAUAGUAGCCAAGAUAAAAACGAAUGUGUUAUCAGUAGCCCAUAGCCUAGCUCAAGAAAGUAUUCGUGGAAGCUCGCGGGAAGAAGAAGAUUCAGACGAAGACGUUACUUCGGGAAUACGCACUUUGAAACUUAGCUGUCCGAUAUCUAAGCAGAGGAUUGUAGUGCCUGUUCGUGGUUUGGGUUGUCGGCAUUUGGAAUGUUUCGAUGCUGCCAGCUAUCUGUCCUUAAAUGUUGGACCAAAGGCCAGAUUUUUGUGUCCUUUAUGUGCUAAAAUCGUACUCCCGCGUGAUCUUGUGGUUGAUGAAUUUUUUGAUGCAAUUCUUUCGUUCACUGAGAAAGAGCGCGUUGAGUUGGUUGGGGAUCGGAAGGGAAUAACAAUCCGCGAGCAGAUUCUGAAGUCAACUAUCGUGGACCUCACAAAAGAUGCAACCGGUUUCAUAACAAUCGAUGAGCGCAUGGAUGGAACGGUAAUUGUUAUUGACUAACGGAAUUCGGGAAGCUUCACCCCGUCGCCUGUUCUUACAAAUUUAAGGCGGAAUAAAUGGCCAUAACCUUAUGCUUGCUUUUGCAAUCUCGAAUGCCUAUGAUCUGUUGUGGUGGAUCUUCUACUUUCAGAAAAUAUAACAGCGUAAAGCAAAGUGCAGAUAGUCGUGUAUAGUUUUACCGUUUUCGCUUUUAUCUUUACAGUUUGAUAUUCUAAUAUACAUCUGCAGUAUAUGCGCAGAAGGUUUUGUCUUCCGCGAAAUCGUGCAGCAGUUUUUUUAUAAUAUUUAACCGACGUUCGGCAUAGUAAUUAAUUUUAUUCGGUUUAGCUUGGAUUUAGUGGAGUUUAAACCGAAUUUUGACAGUGCAUGCUUUCGGUUUUUAUAUGAAUCGUGGCGAACGAGUUGUACUCGUAUAUACGAAGGUCGGAAGGUUAAAUAAAAGUGAG